AUGCAUGGAAUUCUGGAACACGCCAAGUCGAAUGGCGAUGGCCUUGGUAACACCGAGCCCGGUGGCCCAGCUCAAUCCGCCGAACUGCCUGUCCUCAUCGUUGGCGGUGGUCCUACUGGUCUACUCUCGGCCUACAUGCUUUCCAAACAUGGAAUCAAGUCCCUGCUAAUCGAGAAAUACCCUGAACGACUCGCCGCCCCGAAAGCGCAUGCCCUCUGUCCUCGAAGCCUCGAGAUAUGUCGCCAAUAUGGUCUCGACACGAAUGCUAUGCGUAAGCUUGGUACCCCUCGUGAGGAUGCCAGCUGGGUCAAUUUUGUUACCGACCUGAGCCGCGACCACAUCGGGCUUCUUCCCUAUGAGAGAAUGGACGCUGGAGUAUUAGAACAUACUCCAGAGUUCGUUGCCAAAGAACUUGAGCAUGACCCGAAUGUCGAGAUCCGAAAGAAUGUCGCCUUUAUCACAUCUCGGCAAGUGCCAGAGCCAUCCAAAAAAAAAUACACUUGGCUGACUUUGAUGCUUGAGGUUGACGACCAUGUCAUCUCAACAGUUGAGGAGCGUUCGACGAAAGCCCAAUGGCAAGUACGCUCCAGACACGUCCUGGCCUGUGAUGGAGCCAAGAGCCAGGUUCGUGCGGACCUUGCCAUAGAGUCAGAGGAUGAGACCAUGAUGACUAUCCACUUCAAGGCCAAUCUCCGGUCUGUCGUUGGUGAAAGGACUGGCAUGCUGUACUGGAUUACAGAUCCAGCGUGCUCUGGAUUCAUCAUUGCGUAUGAUCUGGAUGCCAACCAUGUACUAAUCAGCAACUUUAAUUCCAAGAAGAAUCCAGUCAAUAGCUGGUCCCAAGAACUCGCUCAGACAACUAUCGCUGCCGCCAUUGGCCAGAAAGUCCCGUUUGAAGUGCUAAGCUAUCGACCAUGGCUCCUCAGCAGAAAGGUCGCCAACCAAUACAGACAAGGGAACAUAUUCUUGUACGUCUCUCCCGGAUCCGGGACCGUGUCAUCAAGACUUAACCAUAAUGUAUCUAGAGUUGGUGAUGCGGCGCAUUCAUUCCCUCCUACCGGUGGACUGGGUCUGAACUCCGGCAUUGCCGACGCACAUAAUAUUGUGUAUAAGGUUGCCGCGGUCCACCAUGGCUGGGCCACCCCGUCGAUCCUACGAACCUACGAAGAUGAUAGACGACAGAUUGCAUUAGUCAACUCGACUCAAAGCGUUAAGAACGGCAAGAAGAUCUUCUCAUUCCUCAAGGCCUUAGGAACGGCUGGAAUUGAUGACAUGGAGGAAGCAAGAAGAAAUCUCUACAAGUCAGUUCACGAUCCUGCCAAGCAGGAUAUGAUUGCAAGGGAAAUCGAGGGGCAGCGGGAACACUUUGAUAAUCUUGGUCUUCAUAUUGGUUAUGUCUACGGAGAUAAAACGACGUCACCGCACGCGUCCAAGUUCUCUCCCAAGUUUACCCCAGGUGGCCGCCUACCACACGCUUGGAUCAAGCCACGACUCAGCGCGGCAUCAUUCAACGUGGUGCCUCUCGAUGUGUCUUACGUCAAAGAGUUUCCUCAAGCUGUUAUCGAUGACCGUCAGUUUUCGAUGCUGGAUCUUGUGGAGUUUGACAGCUUCACCCUUAUAGUAUCGUCCCAUGACACCUGGGCUCCAAGAGUUGGCCAGUUGGACAAGAUAUUCCAGUCGUCUGGGAUCAACUUGCGUUUGCGGUCAUUCGACAACGACUUUGAAUUUGUCUAUGAGGAGCAACUACAGAUGUACAAUGAUGGUUCAGGCAUUCUUCAUGGCAGUGGACUACUUGUGAGGCCUGACCAGCACUUGCUUGGUUUUCUCGACGCGAAGUCAACCGCGGAGGAUUUGGCGUCGUUGAUACUGGCUCAUGUGGGAAAGUAG